AUGCAGUUGGAGGACUUUAUGAUUUACCCGGAUUGGGUCGGACGAAUGGCUCUACUGCCGAGAUACAAUUGGAAAGGCAGACGUUCAUCUGGAAAAAAGCGAACUCUGGCCAAGGACAUCCUCCUCGGUUUGGGAGCACUCCAAUUGGUGUAUCACAAUUUCGGCUUCUUGGUGUACGGCAUUUAUAUUGAUGGAUCUUCAAAGGACCCGCUCCUUUAUCUGUCGGAAUGGUCCACUGUGGUCAGCAUGCUCGCAUUCACCAUUGUGGGAACCCUCAACCUCUGGAUGCUGCUUUACAAUAAGCCACAGAUCGAGGAGAUUUUUCAAGAUUUUGAGGAGCUAUAUAAAUACGCAGCACAGAAAAAGUAUCGCACACAGCAGUACUACGAGGCGUAUACGCGAUAUUUACGAAAUUUAGUUGUUUUCUACGGCAUUGCCAUUGUGUACUACAAUUUGCUGCCUUUCAUUCUAAUGCUCUGGGAACACUUUCUGACAGAGUCAAGGCAUUUAAGCUACACGGUACAGAGCAAUACCUGGUAUCCCUGGAGCGUAACGGGAUCAAUUAUCGGCUUUAGUGCUGCCUAUGUCCAGCAGGCCACUUCGUGUCAGAUCUUUAUGGUCACCAUUGUGCUGGCUCAGUUUUUGGUCAACUUCUUUGGCACCCAAUUGGAAAUACACUUCGACGGCUUGGCCAGGCAGCUGGAGACAAUCGAUGCUCGAGGCCCUAGGGCCAAGGACCAGCUAAGAUCACUUGUUGUAUAUCAGUGCCGUCUUUUCAAAGUGGCGGACAGGGUCAAUAGCAUGUUUGACUUAACGUUCUUCGUUGGCUUGUCAGCAAGUGCCCUGUCCUUGGGUUUCUUGGCCAUUCAAAUGACCACCUUAGAUUUCGGUUCAGCUGUCAAGAAUUUCAUUGGACUGCUCAUAAUGCUGAUCUAUAGUUUCUCCAUGUGCCGAAACGGUACACGUCUGACUUUGGCGUUCCAGGAUUUUAUGCGCUACACUGAUUUCGCUUGUCGCUACGCCCUGAUGCCGAGAUUCGAAUGGAAAGGCAGGGAGUCGCCAAGACAACGCCAAACAUUGUUUCAAAAAGUCAUUUUUAUUAUGGCAUGCAUCAAUUUACUUUAUUAUAACAUUUCCCUGUGUGUCUACUGCUAUCUUCUCGAUAGAAAUUCUAUGGAUACUUUAUCGUAUGUGGCGGAAAUAUCGGAUACGGGCAGCAUGCUGGGAUUCACUGUCUUAGGAACUCUUAAUAUGUUUGUGCUGCUAAAAUGUAGACCACCGAUCGAGGAAAUGCUGUCUGGACUGCAGGAACUCUUUGAGCAACGCGGAAAAUGUAACCAUCAAACCCUUUACUACAUGGAAAAAUCUUCUCUUUUGAUGAAGAAAUUCACCGUGUUCUAUAUGGUUUCCAACUGCUACUACAAUGUAGUUCCCACACUAGUUAUGGUCUACGAAACUCUUUCGGAGUCCCAGGAACUGAGCUACAGAAUACAAACCAGCUGCUGGUAUCCCUGGGAAGUUGUAGGCUCAAUGCGCGGCUUCUGCGCUUCGUAUAUAAGCCAAAUAUUUUCAUCUGCCCAAAACAUAGGCUUCAUAGCCAUCAUGAAGUUUUUGGUCAAUGUCUGCACCACCCAACUAGAACUUCACUUUGAUGGUUUGGUCAAUCAGUUGGAAAACCUGAAUGCCAGGGACUUUAGAUCCAAGGACAAGCUCAAAUCAUUGAUUUUCUACCAUCACAAAUUAUUGCAAUUAGCUGAGAAUAUAAAUCGUAUUUUUAACUUUACUUUUUUUAGUGAAAAAGUAAUGCCAGCUGCCUUUUAUAACAACUGGUAUGAGGGUGAUCUUGCCUAUAGAAAAAUGCUGCUUAUUUUGAUGAUGCGCUCCACAAAACCUUAUAUGUGGAGAACCUAUAAGCUGGCACCAGUAUCGGUAACCACCUACAUGGCUACUCUGAAGUUUUCUUACCAAAUGUUUACCUGCGUGCGCUCCUUAAAAUAAAAUGAAAAACUACAGCAAAAUGUUAUGCUACUUAAAAUAACCAUAAUAUAUGUAGAACAUAAAAUAUUA